AAAAGGGCAUUAUCCCAAGCGGAAAAAAGUAUCUAAGAGCUUUUAGUUGUUACAUGUAUCUUUUCUUGACUCUAAAUCACACUUCAUCACACUUCCUAAGGAUUUGUGAGGUUCUGUUCUUUUAGACAGCGCUAGAGCUUUCCUGCUCACAUACUGUAUUAGUUCUAAUUACUUUAAGUUCAUUCUGUAGCAGGAAGUAAGAUUUUGAACUAUACGGAUAUCUUAUGUUAUCAUUCUUCUUCUCAGAGCUCCAUAAGUCUUAAAAUGCAAAACAUUCAAAACAGGACUGAUAGGACUGAGACUGUACACAAAUAACUAGUCUCUAAAUUACUUCAUAGUAAGUAAAAUCCUGAUGCUAUCAUUGAAUACUUGACACUACUAAGAGUGUAGAAGAAAAAAAUCCAUACUAUUAUUAACAGCGGAGUUUCUUUUAAGCCCAGGUUGGUGUGCUUUUUAUUUUUUGUGGUUUUUUUUUUUGUUUUGUUAAACCUUGCACUGUAUAAUGGGAAACAUUAGAGACAUUUAAUCAUUAUUCUUAUUUGUUUAAAUCAUUUGGUGGUGGUUAGCCAAGGGGAGCAUUUUCAACUGUCCUCAGUCCUUCUCGGUGUCAUGAGCUAAGGCAGUGUCUGCACUGAAGUGACACGGUGCAGCUGUCCUACUCGUCCUGGAGAGGGCUACUCAUCAUGUGGUGACUUCAACACUUUGCAGGACUGCAGCACGAUCACGGAUGAAAGAAAAUGCUUUCCUCAUCUCUUCAGAUUCGAAUACAAGUCAUCUUGAGCAGCAGCAGCACACUCAGCAGUGACACUUCUAGUGAGCUGUGCCCCAGAUCAGCCUGUGUGCUUAUGCCAUCGGCCUAACAGGUAGCGGUGCUACAGCAGUUGUCCAGGCAGCGCUCUGCAAACCCAGGCAAGAACGUGUAGCAAUAAAGAGGAUCAACUUAGAAAAAUGCCAAACCAGUAUGGAUGAAUUACUUAAAGAAAUUCAAGCAAUGAGUCAGUGCAAUCACCCUAAUGUGGUGACCUAUUACACAUCUUUUGUGGUGAAGGAUGAACUGUGGCUGGUUAUGAAGCUAUUAAGUGGGGGUUCAAUGCUUGAUAUAAUAAAGUAUAUUGUCAACAGAGGAGAGCACAAAAAUGGUGUGCUUGAAGAACCCAUAAUAGCAACAAUUCUUAAAGAAGUUUUGGAGGGCUUAGAUUAUCUACACAGGAAUGGGCAAAUUCACAGAGAUUUGAAGGCUGGCAACAUUCUAUUGGGUGAGGAUGGCUCUGUACAAAUAGCAGAUUUUGGUGUUAGCGCGUUUUUAGCAACUGGAGGUGAUGUUACGCGUAACAAAGUAAGGAAAACAUUUGUUGGUACUCCCUGUUGGAUGGCCCCUGAAGUAAUGGAGCAGGUGCGAGGUUAUGACUUCAAGGCCGAUAUGUGGAGUUUUGGGAUAACAGCCAUUGAGUUAGCAACAGGAGCAGCACCUUAUCACAAAUACCCUCCUAUGAAAGUCUUAAUGCUAACGCUUCAAAAUGACCCUCCCACUUUAGAGACUGGUGUAGAGGACAAGGAGAUGAUGAAAAAGUAUGGCAAAUCCUUUAGAAAACUAAUCUCAUUAUGCCUUCAAAAAGAUCCUUCCAAAAGGCCCACAGCAGCAGAACUUUUAAAAUGCAAAUUUUUCCAGAAAGCCAAGAAUAGAGAAUACCUGAUUGAAAAGCUUCUCACUAGAACACCUAAUAUAGCACAAAGAGCAAAAAAGGUCAGACGAGUGCCAGGUUCCAGUGGUCACCUCCAUAAAACAGAAGAUGGGGACUGGGAGUGGAGUGAUGAUGAAAUGGAUGAGAAGAGUGAGGAAGGCAAAGCUGCUAUUUCUCAGGAAAAGUCACGAAGACUGAAAGAGGAGGAGAAUGCAGAGUCUCAGCCUGCUGUUAGUGAGGAAUACAGUGAAGUUCCAUGUGCGGUGAAUCUUGUCUUAAGAUUAAGGAACUCCAGGAAAGAACUUAAUGACAUACGGUUUGAGUUUACUCCAGGCAGAGACACAGCAGAUGGCGUUUCUCAGGAGCUCUUCUCUGCAGGCCUGGUUGAUGGCCAUGAUGUAGUUAUAGUUGCUGCUAACUUACAGAAGAUAGUAGAUGAUCCAAAGGCCUUGAAAACAUUGACUUUUAAGUUGGCCUCUGGCUGUGAUGGCACUGAGAUUCCUGAUGAAGUGAAACUGAUUGGUUUUGCUCAGUUAAGUGUCAGCUGAUGUCUGUCCCUUGACCCCAAGCCGAAUUGUGAGAUUGCGAAAAAGCCAGCUUAGAUACAAGGGAAAAUUAAUGCACCACACACUGAGUUCUGCUUCAUUAUCUAGCAAUUCACAAAGUCAGAACAAGCAAAGCCCACAGCUACACCGCUGCUGUUAACGUUCAAAAUGCUCCUAAAUGUCUCUUAGCAGUUGAUUUGGAUUGCCCCAAAGUGAAAAGCCUGUGGAAUUGCUCUCAGGUGGCUGUAUUUAUUGGUUAAAAAAGGAACUUUCUAUCAAGCUUACUUCUUUCAUAGACUUUGAGUGAUACUAUUUUACCUGUACUUGUGGUUGAUAAUACUGCCUCUGUUCUGUUACAUUUAGAAAUUAACAUACAUAUAAAAGUUUAGAAAUAUUAGCCAAACUUGAAUUCUAGUUUAAAAAAUGACUGUGAAUUUUAUUUUUCAUAUAUUUAUGCAUUACACAUACUAGUAAUAAGAAAAUUAUUUGACUUGAUUAUGUGCUAUUUGCAGUUAAUCUCCCACUAUUUAAAAAAGUUUCAGGUAUAUCUUUGAAGUAUUUGGUAACUUCUAGGGGUUUUUUGAAAUAAUUUGAUCCGGCAUUAGCAAGCUUUUGUUGGCUGUGUGUCAAAAAACCAGUCCACAAACUGAUCCUCAAGGGAGUGGGAGGUGCCUUGCAGAUAUUAAUGUUUUAAGAAUGUGCCUGAGGCUGCUUAUAUAAAUAAUCUCCAUUUUCUAGAAGUACCAUAUAUAUGGUACAAUAAAUAUAAAUAUAUAUAGUUAUCUGAGCGAGGAGGUGAUAUACAGUAGCAAAGGUGUUAGAGUAUUUUGACUAUGCUUUAUUGGGGAGUCUAUGAGCUAGAGCUACUGUGAACCGUUGUUAAGGUAGAAUGCUUACUGUGUCCAUCUCUGAUCUGACUUACCCUAAAUGAUAGAAACCAGUUGUAUACAAGCGAAUAAAAACUUGAAGAAUGGAACUGAAGCUUUAUUUGAAGUCCUGCUAAAUACCAAGGUGGAAUAAUAGGGCUUUGUGCAAUGAUCAAGUAAAACUAUUACAAAGAAAACACUUUGACCCAAGUAGUCCUCUGCUUAACCUGUGACAUAGAUGUUAUGGAGCUAGGGAACCUUAGAAAGACUUCCACAUUUGGAGACAUGUUUCUCAGAGGUUACACUUUAAACUACUUCCUAGUUAAUCCUAGAUAAGUGGCAGCUCUUUAAUGUACUGAAAAUGGCAAAUAUAUAUUGUUAAGAGAAGUUAUUUAUAAUGCCUUGUCAUAAUCGUUGAGGUGUUCUAGAACUAUUUGCAUUCGACUAAAUGUAAUCCCAUCCCAUCCUACUGUUUACAUGAUGAUUACUCCAAGAUGACUGCAAAGAUUAAAAAAAAUAAAAUUAAAAUAAAGAUGUAUUGCACAAAC